UGUUGUAUCUGCGGUACAAAAACUUCUAAACUGUUCCUUAGAUAACGCUCCUGCCUUCCUCUUUGUCACACUCAAAAGGUUUAAGAACAAAAUAGGAUUACAAGAUACGCCACCGGGCCCAUGUAUUGGGCACCGCCAAUCGACACUUGGAUAAAACAGCACUUCCUUUUCGAGCUGUCAUGCGCUUCGUUCGACUCCGGCCGUUCCCCUCACGGAGAAUACAGAACCACGGAUCGGAACUCCGCGCUCGCUUCGCAGCGAUGCUGCGUCUCACUCCCACAGCACAAUCACGCAAUCACGCAGAGAGGCCCCUUAAACUUCUCAUUCAUACUGCAAGGAUAUAUCACUUAGAACAAUAACCAGACUUUUUUGUAUCGUCUCUGGCCGAGUUCCUCGAGGAGUCACUCACUUCACAACAAUACUUUGGCUCAAACACAUACACAUAUACUUCGCUGCUGGUGCAGCUACUGCUGCCUCCGGUGCAAUAUUAGGAUUAGAGGGAGCAUUGCUUGAUUCCUCCUCCGAAAAAGGAGUCUUACUGUUUACAUAUAAACUUAAAGCCAGAAUUUUCAUCAGACCAGCAUUGUGGACAAAAGGGUGAAGUUCCUUUUAAUGGCUUUUCAGGGCAGACAAUUAGACAAUAUCUAACCAUUGCUUUUUUUUUUUUUUUUUUUUCUUUUUCCCUAGUUUUUGGGUUGUUUUUCCAAUUCCUUUUCUUUCUCCCCAAAGGACUGCCUUUACGCACAAUUCCGAGGAUUCUGCUUCUGAAGAUCUCCAAGGAUGGAGACUCCACAACCUCUCUGGGCAACCUGUUCCAGCAAAGACACCGUUGUGUUACCAACACUGUUUCAGCCGCAACUCUGGAGCACAGGACCUGCUUCAGCAGCCAGAGAAGCUGCGGGCUAAACACCAGCGUGGCACAGCUGUGGCUCUGCCGCUGAAAGCUUCUCCACAGCUUGUUCUUAAAGCAACGAGCAGGGAAUCUUCCUGCGGCUGCCCAGGGCUUUCCUCUCGCAGCCCCGCCAGAGCCCGCCUCAAGCAACCUCUCCGCCAGCUCCACUGGCUCCGCUACCUGGUGCCCGCUUCUCUGGGAGUCCUUCACAGUGCCUAGAGCCACAGGCCUCUGGCUGCCCGGACACGGGAGGAAUCCCUGCUCCUGCUCCUGCUCCAGCUGCACUGCCAGGGCUGCCUGAUGGGCGUCCAAGCUCGAGCGCGGUCUCUGCUGAUGUGUGGGGAGUCAGCCAAAGAGCCAGGAAGCUUACCCAGGUGACCGAGCAGAGCACCUCCUGGCAGAGCAGGUAACGCGCAGUUGAUGGGAGCAGUUAGGGAGCUAAGCUGACUCCCCUGAGAAAUACCGACCUGGGGCUGAGCCGGGGGCACUGGCUGGAAGGAGCCAGAGGUGCCUGCCAAUCCAGACCUUGCUGUGGGUGUGUGAGACGGUGUCCCUGGGGUGUCUGGACGUCAACCACUGGGGCUGUGUGAUGCGUGGGCGGUGGCGUACCCAAAGGCCAUUGUGACACGGAGGGGUACCCAUGGCAACGGUGUCCCUUAUAAGGCCCGAGCCCCGGGCUGCCCAUUCACUCUCAGGAGAGCAGCUCUCUCAGGAGGCAGCAGCUCGCCUGGGUGCCCGUUGGAGUUCUCGGUCAGAGGACCUGGAGCACACCAUGGAGCAGCAGAAUAAGGAUCACUCCCAGCCCGCUGAAGGGCAGCAGAGGGUACAGGAGCGGCGCCAGUUUCUCUUGCAGAUGGAGAAGCUGCAAGACAUGAAGACGCUGCCACACAGUGGGGUGCGGCAGGAAGAGAGAAUCCAUCUGCCAGCCAUGCCGCCUUUCCCAAGGCAGGCAGCGACUCAGGCAGCAGCACCCAAGCAAGCGCGUGCAGCACAGACAUCGUCAUCUGAAAGGGUCACUUGCAAGCUGCCCCGUCUACAAGCAACAGCCUCUGCAUCUUCAGCUGCAGGAAGGGCAAAGGCGUUGGGCACAGAGGCCCACAGCCACCAAGAGCUUCUGCCACCUCUUCCGUGCAUCUCUGGUGAGAGGGACAAGGCAGUGAGGGCAGGGAGCCGGGAACGUGGCCCACACAGCCCUGUGGCCCCUGACGAGGACAUGGAGUACACAGUACGGUCCUUCGUCUCCACAGUCAUAAGAAACGCUCUAGCCUGCAACGAGGAAGCCAACAGCAAAGCAAGGCUUUCUCCCUCAGGCAGAGGUCCCGGGACCAAAGGCUACAGAACACCACCUCUCACCACAGCAGUGCCCCAAAAUGGGAAGAAGAAGAGUCAGCACUCGUCCAAAAGCAGCCCUGCAGCCCCUGCCGAAGAAAUUGAAGACCCAGUAAAGGCCUUUGUCUCCGCUGCCAUUAACAGUGCCAUAGCCCGGAACCAGGGAGCCAUGAGGGAGGCAAGGCUUUCUCCCUUGGGCAGACGUCCCAGGAGCAAAGGCCGCAUAACACCACCACUCCUCACAGCAGUGCCCCAGAACUGGAAGAAGAGUCAGCACCCUGCCAAAAACAGCCCUGCAGCCUCCGCCGAGGACAUGGAAGACCCAGUAAAGGCCUUCGUCUCCAGUGUCAUUAGCAGUGCUAUAGCCUGCAACGAGGGAGCCACGAGGGAGGCAGAGCUUCCUCCCUUGUGCAGAGGUCCCAGGAGCAAAGGCCACAGAACACCACCUCUCCUCACAGCAGUACCCCAGGAUUGGAAGAAGAGUCGGCAGGCUGCCCCACACUGCCCCACAGACUCUUUCGCAGCACUGCGGGACACAGCACAGUCCCUUGUGUCUGAAGUCCUGGCAAAGACAAUGGCUGAAAGCUGGGAACACGGCCAACGGCCUGCAGAACUGGUGGACCUGGCACACACGGGGUGCACAGUGACAUCAACAAGAGCAGUCGAGGUCCAGACAGACACGGACAGCAGGUGGACCACUGCUCUGCCAGGGCGCCAUCACCAGGCACGUUCAGGAAAACCGGCUGCCGGCAGGGACCCUGCACCAGCAAGCCCAGACAGGGGUGAGAAGCAAGGGCAGCAGAGACAGAUACACAUCAAACCCAGGCAGGGGAGCGGCAAGGAUGGGACAAGCCAGGGCCGGGGCAGGAAAGAAAGAGGUCCUGAGAGAUGGGAUGAAGAGGAAGAAAUUAUCAUCUUCAACUCCUGGAUAAACCCCAGCUUCCCCAGCCUCUUCCAGGAGCCACAGGCCUUUCCCCAGAAAGUGUGCAGCUCACCCAGCAGCGUGGACAGGGAGGCUGCAGCACAAGAAGCAGAACCCCCAACAAGAGUCUCUCUUGGCUCACCGGACACUGAAACAUCGCCUGCUUGCCUGGAAGAGAGGCACGGCACGCCUCUCACCGCAACAGCACCGGCAGAGAGCAGGCCAGCAAGUCCUCCGUCAGCCCCUGCUUUUGAAGAUGAGCGCUACAGAGCGCCUCCCCAGACACGUGGGGAAGAGAUUGUCAUCUUCAACUCCUGGAUCAACCCCAGGUUCCCCAGCCUCCUCCAGGAACCACAGGCCUUUCCCCAGGAAGAGGGCAGCUCAUCCAGCAGCGUGGACACGGAGGCUGCAGCAGAAGCAGCAGAACCCCCAACAAGCGCCUCUCUUGGCUCACUGGAGCCCACGGACACUGCACCAUCAGCUGCUCCCCUGGCAGAAGGUCCAGGGGAAGAGAGGCACGGCACGCCUCUCACCGCAACAGCACCGGCGGAGAGCAGGCCAGCAAGUCCUCCAUCAGCGCCUGCUUUUGAAGAUGAGGGGAAGAGAGCGCCUCCCCUGAUACGUGGGGCUCCAGAAUCAAAGCCAUCAGCCUGUCCCACCCCCAGUGAGCACAGCACUGCGGUGAUGGCUGAGAGCCAGGGACGUGCCCAACUUGCCUCCAGUGCCUGUGACGAAGAUCUGUAUGAAACAGCCCGGAUCAUCGUCUCUGCAGUCCUACGCCAUGCUGUAGCCAUGAGCCAGGGAGCCACGAGCAAGGCACCAACUGCUCCCUCGGCCACAGGACCCAGGGUGCCUCCUCCCACAGCAGAGCCUGUAGACUGUACAUCCUCGGCCUCUGCCUUGGCUGGAGGUGCUGUAGGGGAAGCCACGGAAGCCCCUCUCACUGCAGCAGCGGCGCCACAAGAAGAAGUGGCUUCUCCUAUGACUGCAGAUCUUCUCAGGGAGGACAUCACAGAUCUCAGUCCAGCAGCAGCUGAUGAAGCAGGAGCAGCAGCUACUCCCUUGGCUAUGGUUCCGGGGCACCAGGUUGCCGCCGAGCAGGGAGGCCAAGCGCAGUCCUCCUCCUGCACCAGAGAUACGCCAGCGGAUGAGCCAGCAACGUCCCAGACACAAGCACCGUCCCAGGGUCUGUUGGCCGGGCCUGUUCAGCGCAACGAGCAGCACCAAGGACUAGGCAUCCUUGACCUCGCACAAGCCCCAGCGCGCCAGCCACGGCCCUCCCGCGUCAGGAGGGCACUUCGGGCUCUGCGCAGGGCUUUCUGCUGCAGCUGCAUCGCAGGACAGCGAGAGUAGCAGCGCCCGGCUGCCAGCACCAGGACGGCGCUCGGAGGUGGCAGCUGGCCCUCAGGAAGCUUUGCAGCGCCCACAGAAGCAUCACUGGGAGGCACAGGACAGCGCCCCAGGAAUUCAGAUGCCCCACCACAUCCUGCCCCCAGCCUCAGCUCAGCUGCGGCUGCUUUCUGCUGUGAAUAAAAGCUCAGGCAGACGUUUGCCCCCAA